CGAAACAUAACACGGCGUUUUGUCAAUUAAUUCUUUCGAAAUGCAAAUAGCUGAGUCAUUACCGAUUGUCCGGGCAAAGUAUAAACGGGCGACAUUCAAGAUUUUCCGGUGACAAAUACACCGACUGCGAAGUGGGGUAACCGCACGGGGAUGUCGAAAAUAUCGCCCGAAUAUAACACAUUGGUCACUUGCUUUCACUUCAAAGUACAGAGCGGGCCACGACGCCCAACGAACUGCGACGCGUCUAUUCAUAUCCGAGGUUGUACUACAACGGACGCGGGAAUUUAAAAAAUAUUCCAUCAACUAAAUUAAAUAUUAAAAAAAAUCGAUAACGAAAGAUUUUAAAAAGUGUAAUUUGUGUUUGAAGAAAGAACAAAAUUAAUUUUAAAUUUACUACAAUUUGCGAUCUGUUUUUUCCAAAAAAGAAAUGAAAAUGGCCGAUCGUUGCGUUAAAUUCCUCUUAAUAUUUUGUUUGACGAUUAUUUGCCACAAUGGAGAAGCUGCGGAAAAUGAGAAACCAAAGCUGCCGGACUAUCUUCCAUCAUGCAAACGAAGUGACCCCGAGCUGGACACAUGUAUCAAGAACUCGUUCAACAGUCUGCGGCCUCACCUGGCUCGUGGUCUCACAGACCUAGGCGUGCCCCCAGUGGAGCCACUGCUCAUUGACCGACUAGUCAUGGAGAACUCCGCGGGACCCGUAAGGGUCACGGCUGCUUUCAGUAACAUAACUGUCAUCGGACCCAGUAACUACACAGUCACCAAGAUCAGGUCUGAUUUAAAAAAGAUGCGAAUCGACAUGGGCUUGGCAUUGCCGCGGAUUGAGGUGUCCGGCCACUAUGAAGUCUCCGGUCAAGUUCUGCUGUUUCCAGUACGAUCACAAGGCAACUUCUGGGCUGCUUUCAUCGAUGUAGCAGCGAUUGCUAAAAUUUAUGGAAAGGAGAUUGAACGCGACAACGAAAAAUACAUGUCUAUCGAAAGAUUACUGGUGGAUUUCAAGCUUAAAAAUUCUCGUUUUAAAGUACGAGACACUGUCAACCAUGGUAGUGUUAUUGGUGAGGCGAUGAAUCAAUUCUUGAACAACAAUGCACCAGAAAUUAUAGAAGAAAUGAGACCUGCCGCAUCGCUGGCAAUUGCUAAACAUUUCCAGACAUUCCUCAAUGCUGCUUUCAAUAAGAUCCCGAUAAACCUUUGGCUUCAGCCUUAAAGAGUAUAAUUGUACGGAUAUAUUUAAUCAGUGAUAGAUAUUUUUAGAAUAAGUGAGUAUUUUGGUAUAAUUUUGCGGAUCGUGGUUCAACCACUAUUUAAGCUGUGAUCGUUGUAUUUCUCUUGUUUGUUUGCUUUAUUUUGUCAAACGAUUUGUGUUCUUACUCCAGAAUGCUAUUAUUAUUUAUUUUUAAUGCAUUUGUAUGUUUUUUAUUUAGUUAAUAAUCAUCCAUAAUGCAUUUUAAAUCUUUUGGUAUGAUGUAACGUGAAUUGUGUGUUAGUAGUAAUUAUUUAUUUAAGUUCAAAGUGAAUUUUUCAUGAAGUACAUAUUUUAA